UCUUUGAGAAAAACCAUCCUACCCACCCUUUUCUAGUGGAUAUAUAUUACUCAAGGAACUUCUUUCCCUUUUAACUUUCUUAUAUUUUCUUCUUCUACUUUUUAUAUUUCCAAUCCAAAUUUAUUAAAAUGCUAGGAAUGAACAAGUUUAUUUCAAUGAAGAAAUUAGCCAAGAAGGCUAAGGCAAUAACAAGUCCUACUCAUGAAUACUUUCUUAUUAAGGACAACAAAAGCAAUGAAGAAUGGUCACUUGCUAACCCUAAUUCAACAAUACCAAUAGGGAAUUUAGCCAUCUAUGUGGGGGAAGAACGAGAACGAUUCAUCGUUCCAACGAGCUAUCUUUCUCAUCCAUUGUUCACGAUUUUGUUGGAGAAAACUUACAAUGAGUUUGGGUUUGACCAAACAAAUGGAUUGGUGGUGCCAUGUAGUGUUAAUGCAUUUCAAGAAGUGGUUAAUGCUGUGGAAUGUUGCAAUGGGAAGUUUGAUUUUGGUGAGUUGGUGGAGGAGUUUUUGUAGAUAUUGUUUUAUGAAUAAUAGCAUAGGAAAAUAGAGUUGGAUCACAUUUUGAGUGCCAUCUUAUAGAGUAGCAUGGAGUUUUUUUUAGCAGAAGUCUAUCAGAAACGAUCUUCUUAUACUGAAUAUGUUGUUAUUAUGAUUGUUAUUGUAUGGUACGAAGAAAUGAUCUUAGAAAAUUCAUGAGUUAGAAGAGAUAAUAAAUUAUUUCAAUGUUCAAUUUUCUUGUA